GUUCUCCGCGAGUGGUCGUGCUGCUAGGCACCGUCACAGGGACUUCCACCUGACAGGAUACUGCCUACAGGAAGAUGUGAAACAAACGGCCACAUAGAGACGAGACAUGGCGUUGCUGUACCGUUUCGUCAAGAUCCCGGACCGCGCCGACACACACGUGUUCACGUUUAUCGUGACCAAGUCGGUGACCAGGGACCUGGAGAGGGACAUCACUUCCAAGGAGUUCACCUGCGGUCACCAACGAUGGGCAAUCACCUUCUCCCGUACCGACAAAGUGCUGGGGGUCUACCUAGUGUGGCGGAGCACUUCGGAGGCUAUGAGGGUCUAUGUGGACUUCACCUUCACGCUGCUCAACAGGGACCACUUCAGUCAUAAUGAGGCGUUCUCAGGCAAACAGGUGAAGUUCACGACCGAAUGUCCAGCCCAGGGGAACCGUAACUACAUCGCUGUCAGUGAACUUUACGUCCGGAACUUCGCUGACAACAACGGGGAGUUCCAGCUGGAACUGAGCAUGGGCCAUGUGAGGACGAUGUUCGACACCGACUUCCGCGUCCCUUCAUCGAUAUUCGGCCACCAAAUGCCGCGCCAGCACCACCAGAGCGCCGCCAAGAACCCGCCACAGGCCACCAAACUAGAGACCACCUACUUCACCUACGGCGGCUUCGACUGGAACCUCGCUCUUUACCCUAACGGCAUCAAGGAUAUUCACGAUGCUGAUGAGAACGGCGUCAAACUUCGGCCGAUUUUAGAGAACAGCAAUGAAGAUGGGCGUGUCUCCGUGUAUCUAAACCGUUGUACGGGGUUCGACCAUCAGUGCAGGGUGCGGUACAGCCUGGUGCUAGGGGAUGGCCCGAGGAGGGUGGACUCUGGACCUGUAGACGACGUCUCCGACUCUGACGGCAAAAGCUACGGGUGGCACACCACAGCGAGGUUUCAGGAUCUCGUGUAUAAGGGAUCUGUGAGAGUGCACCUGGAGAUGCUGAUGGCCAACACGCUGAGUGAGGUGGUGUCGACGAUCGUGGUGCAGCACGCCUCAGCGGCCGGCAGCAGCGGGAGCAGCAGUGGAGGAACACACGGUGUGGUCGUGGCGGCCCCGGCUGUCACUCAGUGCUAUGACAGGGACAAGCAGGCGUGGUGUAUCAAGAGUGACUGUCACUCGGACACUGUCAGACUCCACAUGGUCUACAAGGACAUCCACAACGUGCCCAGGAAUCACCUCAGGUACGUCUGUUGGAUGGCCUAUCUGCUGAGGUACGACGAGGAAACAAGAGAAAUGGUGCCAAAACCGCUCCCUGGGGCACCCUUCAGCCACUAUUAUGCUCAAGAGAAUUCCGAUGAAGGUAUCAUCAUGGAAACUGACGUCGGCGUUAAGGAAGUAUGUAGAUCUUUAGUGAAAUCUGUAUUUUACGAUCAGAUCACUUGA